UUACACCUGCACUCCUGAGUCUAGGACAAAAUGAAAGACUGGCGCUGGCUUCCUUUAGAAAGAGUAAUCUACCCCACGGUGGAGCACCCAAUGUCCAAGAUGUCCCAGUCCUCCACCAAUGAUGAGGGUACAACGUUUGAGCACCUGUGGAGCAGCCUGGAACCAGACAGCACAUAUUUCGAGCUCCCUCAGACCAGUCAUCCAGAGAGGGGUUCUUCUAGCACCAUGCCUAACAACCGGGCCGAAGUGUGUAUGGAUGUCUACCAGAUGAGAGACCUGAAUGACAACGUCAUGUCUCAGUAUAGCUUGCUGAGCAGCAGUAUGGAGCAGGGAUUGGGGAACCGUGCGGCGUCCACCAGCCCCUACAGCUCCGAGACCGCCUCCAACGUGCCCACACCGUCGUCCUACUCGCAGCCCAACUCCACCUUCGAGGCCAUGUCUCCGGCCCCGGCCAUCCCUUCCAACACAGACUACCCUGGGCCGCACGGCUUUGAGGUCACCUUCCAGCAGUCCAGCACUGCCAAGUCAGCCACCUGGACGUAUUCUCCAUUGCUGAAGAAGCUGUACUGCCAGAUUGCUAAGACCUGCCCGAUUCAGGUGAAGCUUGCCUCGACUCCUCCGCACGGUAGCGUGGUACGAGCCAUGCCUAUCUACAAGAAAGCUGAGCAUGUGACCGAGGUGGUAAAGCGCUGCCCGAACCAUGAGCUUGGACGUGACUUUAACGAGAGUCAAUCGGCUCCAGCUAGCCAUUUAAUAAGAGUAGAGGGCAAUAACUUAAGUCAGUAUGUGGAUGACCCAGUAACAGGCAGACAGAGUGUGCUCGUACCGUAUGAAGCCCCACAGGUGGGGACAGAAUUCACAACAAUUUUGUACAAUUUUAUGUGUAACAGUAGCUGUGUUGGUGGAAUGAACCGCAGACCUAUUCUCAUCAUUAUUACUCUGGAGACGAGAGAUGGUCAGGUCCUGGGUCGGCGCUCUUUCGAAGGCCGGAUAUGUGCAUGUCCGGGUCGAGACCGCAAAGCAGAUGAGGAUCAUUUCAGAGAACAGCAGGCUCUAAAUGAGAGUGUGGCCAAAAACGGCAAUGCUAAUAAGCGCAAUUUCAGACAGACACCUCCCAACAUUUCCGGUCCUCCAAUCAACAUUAAGAAGAGAAGACACGGAGAAGAGGAGAUGUACUACAUCCCAGUACGAGGCAGGGAGAACUUUGACAUCCUGAUGAAGAUCAAGGACAGUUUAGAGUUAGUGGAGCUGGUGCCCCAACAGUUAGUCGACUCCUACAGGCAACAGCAACAGCAGCUACUACACAGACACGGUCAUGUGACCUCUCCAUCACCCUAUGGAACACAGAUGAGCAAUAUGAACAAGGUCCACGGCAACAUCAGCAAACUUCCUUCAGUCAACCAGAUAGUGGCGCAUCAGGGUCAUCAGAACGCAGGACCAUCUGGCAGCAUGGUGCACAUGGGUGCGAACAUGCUGGGCGGCCACCACAUGCAGUCGAACGGCGACGUGAAUGGAGCACACUCAGCCCAGACGAUGGUGUCAGCAUCUCACUGCACCCCGCCUCCACCCUACAACCCCGACCCCAGCCUCAUCAGCUUCUUAACCAGCCUGGGCUGCCAAAACUGCAUCGACUACUUCACAUCACAGGGCCUCCAGAGUGUGUACCACCUGCAGACCCUCUCCAUGGAGGAUCUUGGAGCUCUUAAGAUCCCAGAGCAGUUCCGUUUGGCUAUCUGGAGAGGCCUUCAGGACAUGAAGCAGGGCCAUGAUUAUGGCCAGCAGCUUAUUCGCUCUAGCAGUAAUAUGGCCACUAUGGCCAUCGGGCCUGGAGGGGAACUGCAGCGGCAGCGUGUAAUGGAGGCUGUGCACUUUCGUGUACGCCACACCAUCACCAUUCCAAACCGCGGCACCACAGCUGGAACGGACGAGUGGCCAGACUUCGGCUUCGACAUGCCUGACUGCAAGACCCGUAGGCACUCUAUUAAGGAAGAGUUUGCAGAGAACAGCAUGCGCUGAGAUCUCUCACUGAGGCAUUUACAUGACGAUGACAUUGCCAUUUUUGCUGCUUUACUUUUUUCCCUGAUCAAGCUUCAUUUAAAAAAAAAAAAAA